GGUGGGUGACCUUAUGUCUUUAUUUAUUGCUUCGCUUUCAAUAAACUAGUCAAGUCGAACCAGUUUCUCCGUGGGUGGAUUUCAGUAAAUAGCGUGAAAAACGGCAAUACCAUCUCCGCCGGGACUCGAACCCGGAACCUCUGGAUUAGAAGUCCAGCGCGCUAUCCAUUGCGCUACGGAGACUACGAGAUCAUUCAAUUCUGAAAUACUAGUUUUGUCACUCGAGCCAACCAAGCGUCACUCUCACUUGAGAGAUUUGAAACGAACACAACACAUGUUAAUUAUCGACGGUGUCAAAGGAAUGGCUGAUCAAGACUCCUUGACCUCUCAAAUAGAAGCAGCUAUUGAAGCAGGAGAGAAAUUUACCAAAAUAUUCUAUGAAACUUUCGACAAGAAGAGACAUAUGAUUAGCAAGUUGUAUCAUGAUACGGCACAAUUGCUAUGGGAAGGGAAUCCGGUCUCUGGGAAAGACGCAAUACAGAAGUUCUUACAGGACCUUCCUGGAUGUUACCACAAUAUAGACUGCUUUGACAGCCAACCAGUUCUUCAACAAUUCACAGAAGGAAAAUCAACAGUGGUAGUUUCUGUAAGCGGAACUGUGAAAUAUGACAGCAAUACGUUACGUGGUUUCACACAAAAUUUUACUCUGACUUCUACAGAUGAUGUAUGGAAAAUUAUAAGUGAUUCUUUGAGGCUGAGAGACCCAUGAUCUUGAAAUGUCCAGCUUCGAAAUUACUUGAGAAAGUGUUUUGCCACAAUUACCUAACAUUCGUCUGAUGCAGGAAUGAACUGAAGUCAAAGUGACCCCGUGACACUGGAGGGCCCUCGGAAGGAUCUAUCAAUUUGCUUGUGAAUGUGAUAGCGACAGAGCCUGUUCAAAUUUUUCGAUCGCGUUGUUCUAUGUUAUAAAUUUUUUUUUAGGCUGAGAGAAAUUGCCCAUUGUCCAGUUUUAAAAUAUCAUAGGCAAAGUUCGAAUCAUGUAUGGGAUAAUUAUGUGUGAGAGGAUUGCUGGAAUCUUCUCAGCCUCAGUGUGGUUCAGUUCUUAAUUAAGUCCAUGCGUCUGGAACAAACAACUGGCUGACUAAUACCAUAACGGACAUAGGCUGGUAUCUGGACAGACAAAAAAUGGUAUGGUUCGCCAUAUGAUUGAGCCAUAUAUUCGAUUUUCCUUUCCCCCGAGAUAAGAAGUGAUAUCUUAUCUUUAUAACAAAUUUUUUUGGGUCACGACUCUGUUUAAUUUAGACUCAUUCAAGUCAAGUUUAUUGGUGUCUAUGUAUAAGUUUUUUGUGUUUCUGUUUUUUGUGACAACAAAUGAACAUUGUCUGACCGAUAA